AUGAAUCCCAUGUACGAGAAAUCGCCAGGAGGUGAACCUCGUGUCAACGAAGUGCUGAUGCCUGGGGAUCUUUGUUCCCAUACACCUCAGAAUGGCGCGGGCUACCAACAGUCGGUAGCUCCCCCCUCGAACGGCAACUAUGCCCCGACAGCACCAGAAUACUCAGACAAGCCGUAUGCCAACCACUCGGGGCUGCCAGCACAGCCUCAACGUCAAGCGUCUUCUCAGUACCGCCAGGCUGUGGCAAUCCCGAACCUGGGCAUGUCGCCCGCCCCGGUCGAUUGUCCGUGCUGCGGGCAGCGGUGCAUGACCAAUGUCAGCUACCAUUCUGGCAACACCACGCAUGUCUGGGCCGUAAUGACCUGCUGCUUGACCGGCCUCUUCUGUUUCGUCCCUUACCUGAUGAACUCACUCAAGGACGUCCAACACCGAUGUGGAAACUGUGGAGUCUUGCUGGCAACCUGGCAUAAGAGUGGAGCGGUCGACGUCCAUAUGCAUGCUUAG